UAUAUAAUGCAUUAUAAUACAUCUCCACUCUUCAUUCUCCUUUCAACCUUUUUCUCGAGAAAGUACUUGGAUCAUACUUUAUCUUGAUUCAUAAACAUUAUAUUUUAUUACGCCCAGUUUCGUGACCUACUUUAAUUUAAUAACGAAAAUAUCCAUGAUACUUCGAAGUAUAUACAUAUACAUUUAAUACAAUAAAAAAUGUUGCAUACAAUCACAAUGGCAUUAAUGUAAUUGUAGUCGAUUGCGCAUUUUUGUGCUAGCUAAUGCAGCGCGUUAUUACAUGUAUCUGUAACUGGAUUUGAUUACAUCAUUAUCGAACGUGCAUAUCACCACAUUUAUUAUCAUCAUGUCCUGCUUAAACAUGCGACUAAUCACACGUAUUCCUUUCAACAGUCUAACAAUCGGACUAACAAUUUUUCAUUAAUCACAUGUAUUUCUUUUAUCAGGCCAUCACAAUUGGACCAACAAUUUUUAACUCAUCCUUAUAAAUACUGUUAGCGACGUCGAUACACUGCAAUGUAAGGAAGAAAACCUUUGCGAAAAUCGAAUUUGUGAACCUCAAAGUACUCGAAGAAUAACAGGAUGAAGACUUUCGUGCUCAUCACAUACGUACUGACCGUUACCGCUAUGGUCUAUACUACUGACGUCCAAAAAGUACGGAUAUUCUAUUCGGCGAUGGCAAGCUGUGCUAACCAAUUGCGUUUGCUCAAUCAACCCAGUCCUGAUGUGCUUGAAUGUAUAUUGCAUCGAUUUGGCUUGAUCGACGAGCUGGGUAUGCUAAACAAGUAUGCGACUUCAAGAUAUUUAGAGGAUCUCAUCUCCGAUCCGAACAAAUUGUGGCAAGCGCGAUACCAACUGGAGUCUUGUUUCAAUCAUGGAAAUGUACCUGAAAAUAACAACCAUGAGAAUACAAUGAGAAUCAUAAAAUGCGCAGCACCAGUGGUAGGGUUGAUUGACUAACUGUCAUAGAAGAAAAGCUAUAUCAAUAUAACUAUGUAAUAUUUAUAAAAAUAGCAAUUAUGUGGAAAUCUCGCAUUUCAAAUAAAAUUUUCAUUUUGCGUUAUUGUAUGUUGUUGCUUAUGUUCAUAUCAAGCUUAAAAAUAAAAAAAACUUCUUAUAAAAACUUUUUAACUAAUUCAAACGGUCAAAACAUUCUUUUAUGUUUUUAUUAAUUACAUAAUUUAUAAAAAAAAAUAUAUAAAUCCGUUUUCUUAUGGAAUAAUUACAAAAUAUUGUUUAAGGCAUUUUUAUUGUUAGAAAAAAAUUAGAUGCAUUGUUUAUCAUAGAUUUCGUAUUCCAAACCACUUCUAUUUCUAAUCACAAUAAACUAUUAUUCAAAUAAUAAAUUUAAAAUAUAAAAAUUGUAUUUUUUAUGGAAAGAACGAAUCGCGAGGACUUCGCUAUAUCGCAUGAUAUUCAAGCAACAAUUAUCAUGUAUAAAGUACAUCAGUGUUGAAUACCGAUAACGUGGACAUCCCGUAUCAAUUCAAUCUAAUAGUUCAAUCGAUUUAAUAAUCCAAGAUUAAAAAAAUACUUAUGCAUAAUAUGCAUCACUAUAUAUUCGGAGAAAAUAUAAGAAAAAUACAAUUUUACGUCUGUGCACAUAACUGUGCAAACAAUUUUAUGUCAGUUCCACUAUCUUUUUCAAAUUACAGAAAUCUACUAUAAUGAUAGCUAUUUUGCAAAUAAUCGAGCAAAAACUAAUGCAGUAAUUAAGCAUCAAGCAAACUUACGCGCUGCUAAUCCGAACAACGCACGAUCCAAUAUUAAAAACGAACUCACUUUAACAAUCUUUUUACAAAAAGAUUAAUAGAAAAUGCAAAGUAUAUAUUGCGUCAUUAAGGACAUUAUGUCACAUAUCAUCUUCUAAUUGUAAAUAUAAAUACAUAGUUAAAGUAUCAUAAUUAUAUAAAAUCGUAUAUAUUCUCAAUAUAAAA